ACAGCUCGGUCGGCGUCUGUCACGACCUACCUCGAUACUCGUAGAUACGCCAUUUGUUUUUAAUAUAGCACACGAUUUAAGAUUUAAUACGUAUAAUAUAUCGAUACAUCAUCAUCGCCAUCUCCACUGCGAUAGUGUCGUAAAUAUACAUUAAUAUUGUACUGUGCGUGGUUCUCCGUCCAUCAAAGUUAGAAAACACUCGCCUUGUGUGAAACUACUGCAAUAGUCAUCAUAUUAAUUUCGGCCCGCGGAUGACGUUUCGUCGUAAAAUCCAUCGACGGACAUCCGGACAUUGCUUUGCAAAGUAAAGUUCUUGCUGAAUUGCUGUGGCGGCGGCGCGGAGUCGCGAUGGCCGCGUGACGACGGCCGUGACUAGCUGGUACUGCGGCUGGGCGGCGGGCGAAAUGUGCGCGGUGAGCCGAGCGCCGGAGAACGUGUCCCGGACCAGCGUCGCUUUCGGCGUCGCGUCCCUGGCCAUACUGCUGACCGGUUUCGUGACCGGUUCGUGGGUAACCACCAGGGAACCGUACAGGGUGCCGGGCACGGACGGCGCCUACACGGCCGCUGCGUUCCGGAUCGGUUUGUGGAAGAUUUGCCCCACCCUGAGGAAGACCAACUCCACGAUGAAUUUUCGAUCGUUGUCAUGCAAAUACAUUCGGUAUACUAGUGACUGGGAUUUGGACUUGGCCAAAGAAGAUAUCGGUGUUGAUUCGGACGUUUACUUCACACAAUCGUUUGUGGCCAAAAUGAGAUGGUGCACUCCGUUAGUCAGCAUCAGCCUGUGCCUUAUGUUGGCUGGAUGUGUUUUUUCAUUCAGUGGACACUUCUACAAAGAUCAAAAGACACUGAUCGCAUCGUCUUUGCAUACAUUAGCUGGACUUAUACUUGCGGCCGGCCUGUUCGUGUUCGCUUCCGUGCUCAACGACAGCUUCUCGCCAGUCGUUUACCAAUCGAUGGACGGCGGUGACGGCGACGGGUUCGACGGCGAACUUCGGUCCGAAUACGAUUACCGAUACGGCUGGUCGUUCGUCGCGUGCAGCCUGGCCUUCCUGGCGUCCGAGGCGUCGGCCGUGUUCACCAUCACCGCGUACUUCCGGCGGCUAGAAGACCGCGUCCAGUACACGGCCGUCAACCGGAAACCGUCGCUGGACACUCCGCCGCCGACCUGCGGUGGUGACCGGACGUCGUCGGCCUGUCCGGCGGACGGACGUUCCGAUUCGCCGGGCAGCGACGCCGGUGCCGCCGGUGCCGCGGCCACUGAAACGGCGUCGCGGUCGGAUCAGUCGUCGUCGUCAUCGGCCGCUGUGGCGUCAGGUCGUCAUCAGUCGGCACAGUGCGUGUCGAGUGGCGCCGGUGGCGGUGAUCAGGCCGCAUCGUCGUCGUCGUCGUCGCCGGGCGGCGGGGCGGCGGAAUCCUGCAGCAACAGCGCCACAAGCAAAACGCCGCCCGACAUAUGUCCGCCGAAGAUCGGCUGCGACGGGUCGACCUCGAGCGGUUCUGCCGGCGCAGUCACCGGGUGCCGGUUGCCUGCCGCCGCGACGUACUGCAGUGCCACGUUAAACCACCCGCACAAGUCGCAACAUCAGCACCACAACCACCAGCAACAGCACCACCAUCACCAACAGCACACGCAACACUACAGGCAGACGCUGGCGGUGGGCGGCAACGGGUCGUGUUACGAGGUGGACACCAGCAAGCCGUGCACUUGCACGUCGGCCGCCACGCUGACCACUAAGCGGUACGCGACUAUCGCUGGCGUGGCCAGGCACAACGGCGGCAAACAGUACACGACGACGACGACGACGACGACGACCGCGUUGACAAACAACCAUAACAAUAACAACGGCGGCAGUGGCGGCAGACGGUCCGCGGCCGGCCUGGCGGCCAUCAAGGAAUCGGUGGCCAGUCUGGCCGACCACCACUCGCUACAGCACAACAGUAGCCAUCACCACCGGAAACCCGAUCCGCCCACGCGGCGGCUCAAGGCAUCCGUCGGCGGUUACGUCGUACCGCAGACGCCCAUAGCCGCCCUCGAAGCGCUCGACUGUCCGCCGGCCUCCGACCCGCGGCUAGUCGUGCCCAGUUCGGUAUGACGAAAGUGUCGCGUCGUCCUCGGACAGGAUGAACACGCCGUCUGACGCGUCGACGCGACGGCCGACCGCCGCUGUUCGUGCACUUGCGCCCCCGCGCCGGCCACGGUGAUGCCGAAACAUUAUACCGCGACUGUUAUUCAUACAAUAAACGGUUAUAAGGGCACAUCUCACGCGUGUAAUAUUGUCAUAAGCGCCCUGCCCUCCCUCCCGAAAAAUAAAAACUGUAUAUUUAUUAUGUAAAUCGUGUGUACGUGUUACCUACUUACAAGCGUGUUUGUGUCAAAGCUACUACGAUGAAUUACGUUAUGUCGGAAUAUUAGUCGUUAUUCGCUUACAAAAAAAAAAAAAAAAAAGAAUUAUCGUGCAAUUUUAGUGAUUUACGCUGAUAACCGUAUGCAAUUGGAAACGUUGUUAAUAAAGAAGAUAACAGAUUGUGGACAAAUUUCGAAUAGCCCUAUAUUACGUCCUAUAAACAUAAAUACCCUGAUUGCGUCCAAACGCACAGUAUAUCACAAUUAUAAUGUAUCGAAUUUUAGAUAAAGUAGUUAUAAUAAAAACGAAGUUUCAAAAAAAUACAAUGUUACUCGUUUAAUUUUUUACUCGUCAUUACACAAAAAUCAUUUUUUUUUUUUUUAAUAUUAGUUAGUCGUAUAAUUAUACAUAUUUAACUCAUAAUAGAAUAGUUCUCUUUUGUAUGAAACAAAUUAAUAAUAUUUAAACGUCUUAAUGGUUAUAAGCAUGCUUGACAUUGUUUUCAACUUUCUAAAAAUUGAAAUAUCGUGGAUGUGAAGUAUGAAAAAAUGAAUUGAAUUUCGCUUGAAAACUUUACACUCGUAUUGUUAGAAUAUUUGUGAAAAAUAUCGUUAGCUCUUGUAAAUGAGCUGUUUUAUAUUUAUAUCAAAAUACAUAAAAUGCAAUCAGGAUAUUUAUUUAGUUUUAAUAACUUUUAGAAAUAGCAUUUCCUACGUAUACUGUAAGAUCCAUAAUUAGGAUUUGAAAAAAACAGAUUAUAUUAGCCGAAAUAAUACGCUGGCGAUGCAUUCUAUGUAUCUGAUGACUGUGAUCUAUGAUCAUAUACUAUAGGAAGUAUGUGAUGAAACGUAAAAGAGAGAGUGGAUCCUUGUGGGACAAGCAAGGACACGAAGUUAUGAGAUUAAUGCGAGGAUAUCAGAAACGUCAGCUGCGUCACUAAGAAGGGAAAAAAUAAAAAAGUAUCUGCAUCAACACAUGAUUCAUUGUAAAUUAGGAUUAUAAACUACAUUUUUGUAAUUGAACCAAGCGAUUUGUCAAAAUAAAUGUACCGAUUAAGAUAGACGUCUAACGAGCAGUGUAAUAUGGUGACCACUAAAGUGAAUUUCAAAAAUUUGUAAUGUUUGAUGAACCUAAAUGAUAACUUUACAACUUUAUCGACGAUAUCAAGUACAAGUAUGGUGGUGACUCUACACAGAAGGGUGAUACAAUCAAAAAUAAUAUAAUGACAAAAAAUCGAUAUAGCCUAUUAUACUUUAUCGACGGUAGUCGACUGGAUACAUUAUAAUAUGUAUCUUUAAUAUAAUGGCUAUAAGCAUUAGCAUAAUCUGGGGGGGGCAACUAUCCUACCAGUUAUUUUACUGAAGGAAAAAUAUCGUCUUUUUCCGUAACAGAUUUUUAAUUUUAUCACAUUAUACAAUCCACUCCCUCCCACCAAAAAAAAAAAAAAAAUUAAAUAAAAUUAAAAUUAGAUUCACCUCAAAUUUCACUAACAGUAUUUGAAGUUACUCAGCUAUAAACGUAAAUAAUAAAAGAAAUAGCUGCAGCUAGCGAAGAAAAACGGUUAGACAUAAUGGAUGAUGUUAUUGAAUUAGCAUAUGGUAAACAGUUGACACUGUGGGAAAGUAGCUUGGAAAAGUUGUGUUAAGGACCCUUCAAAGGUAGAGCAUCGUUACCAUUGCAAUAAUAAACGUUGUGUCUGUCGUGGAGCUGAAAAGUUAUGUAAUAGUAAAUGUCACAACAGUACUUCUUGAAAAACAUAUAAAUUAUAGUAAAAUGUAAAAGUAAUACGUUAUUUUAGAUUUAAAAGAGUACCUAAAUCACGAUAAUUACUUAAAUAUAUUUAGCCAAUAACUUAAAUAUUUAGUCUAUUACAACUUAACCAUGUAUUUGUUCAAUAACUUUAAUGACCUGCGAAUAACAUUAUUUUCCGUUUAACAUAAUUCACCGUAUAACAUACAUAUUAUUAUAAAAUAUUAUAAACAUUCCGAAUUGUCGAGUACUUAAUCGUUUGUGUAAACAUCGCUUUUGCUCGUCACGCCUCCGGCAUUCUUUUCACUCGCUACCCCUUGUACGCGUUUUUUCCUUUUUCCCGAGCAAAUAUUUUACUAAAUGGUUUACAGGUUACUGCUCAGGAUGCAAUAGAAAUAAAGUAAAGAUUUUUGUUUAUUUUAAACCAACAAUUAAAUAAAUAAUAUUUAUAAACUAUUUCAUUCAGAUGGUAUUUUUUUCUUUGAUUGAAAUCGAAAAAUUUAAAUAUAAAAAGUGGUGCGUUGGUAAAAUAAAGUGUCAUAAUAAAGGUAAGCGCAAUCGUUUUUAACUGUAAAAAAUUUCCGUUUUUAAAAAUAUUAUAACACUGC